AUGUCGAAACGCGAUGCAGAGGGUCCUGAAGGAGAUAAAUUCACGGGGCUUGAUUCAGAGAGGUACACGGGGCCAACGGAUGUAGCUGUACGGGCGACUGCUGCCCAGCUGGCGAACAGAAAAAUUAAGGACGUCCGCAAGCGUUCAUCACGUUCAACAACCCCAUUAGCUGGAAAUCCAGCUUCAAGCAACCCUUUCGCAUUUGCGGCAUCUGCAGCUCCGAGCCAACCUUUCUCAUCUGGAGCUCCUGCAGCUCCUGCAGCUCCUCAGCCUUUCUCGUUCGGUGCCACUGCACCUUCAAGUAAUAUCUCAGCUCCCACCAACUCUUUCUCGUCUGGAGCUACUGCGCCUCCGAGCCAACCUUUCUCGUUCGGUGCUACUGCACCUUCAAGUAAUAUCUCAGCUCCCACCAACUCCUUCUCGUCAGGAGCUACUGCGCCUCCGAGUCAACCUUUCUCGUUCGGUGCUACUGCACCUUCAAGUAAUAUCUCAGCUCCCACCAACUCUUUCUCGUCUGGAGCUACUGCGCCUCCGAGUCAACCUUUCUCGUUCGGUGUUACUGCACCUUCAAGCGAAAGCUCAGUUUCCAACAAUCCUUUUGGAGCCACUGCAGCUACUGCAGCUCCGAGCCAACCUUUCUCGUUCGGUGGUACUACUUCUUCAACCGAUAAUUCAGCUUCGAGCCAACCUUUCUCAUUCGGUACAUCGACUGCCCAGACGUCUUUCAACUUUUCGGGAUCCGCUGAAUCUCCUGCCUCAAAUCCUUUUGCACCUGAUAUGUCUGCACCACCCAACAAGUUUUUUUCCACACCAGGCGGUAUGUUCGGAACCAAUCCCGCUGCUGGUUCGGGUGGCGUAUUCAAGCCUCCAGUCCGCACGAACACUGGGUCAGGGUCAUCCCUUUUUGGCUCUGCCCAACCGAAUCAGCAAUUUUCCUCUGGGACUUCUCAAUGGGGCAAUAAUGAACCCCCACCUCAGCAACUGAACGCUCAAUUUGGUGCGCCGGCCAGUGCGUCUUCGAAUGGUACAUUCGCUACAAAUGACAAUGCCUCGGGCAACCCAACACCCAGCUCUUUCUCCCAACAAUCUUCGAAUUUGUUUGCUGCGCCAGGCAAUGCGUCUUUGAAUGGUACAUUCGCUACAAAUGACAAUGCCUCAGGCAACAAACAACCUUCCUCUUUUGGAACUACAGUCUCAUUCUCACAGUCUUCGCCUUUGUCUGGUGCGCCGGCCAAUGCUUCCUCUGCACCAGUCACGACUUUUUCGAAUGGUAUUACAGUUGAUAAACCUGCUGAAAUACAGCAAAAUGAUACUCCCUCAGGCGGCCAGAAGCCAUUCUCCUUCAAGUUUGGUUCUACCCCUACAGCUGAUAAACCCGCCGAGGGAAAGAAAGAUGAGGUUAUCUCGGGCACCCCGAAGCCCUUCUCAUUUGCGUUUGGUUCUACCCCUACAACCGAUAAACCCGCUGAGGCUCUCUCGAGCACCCCAAAGCCCUUCUCCUUUGCCUUCGGUUCUACCCCUGCGGCUGAUAAACCCGCCGAGGCUCUCUCGAGCACUCCGAAACCCUUCUCCUUUGCCUUUGGCUCUACCCCUACAGCGGAUAAACCUACCGAGGCUCUCUCGAGCACUCCGAAACCCUUUUCCUUUGCCUUUGGUUCUACCCCUGCAUCUGAUAAACCCGCUGAGACUCUCUCGAGCACUCCAAAACCCUUCUCUUUUGCCUUUGGCUCUACCCCUACAGCGGAUAAACCCGCCGAGGGAAAGCAAGAUGAGGCUGUCUCGGGCACCCCGAAGCCAUUCUCCUCUGGGUUUGGUUCCACAACUACAGCUGAUGAACCUACCGAGGCAAAACAUAAUGCGGCUAUCUCGGGCACACCAAAGCCACUCUCCUUUAAGUUUGGUUCUACCCCUGCAGCUGAGGAAAAGGAAGAUGAGGCUCUCUCGGGCAGCCCGAAACCGCCCUCCUUUGGCUCUGGUGUCUUUUCACAAUCGUCGACUACGUUUAGUGCGCCAGCCAACGUGUCUUCUGCGCAGACCAGUGUGUCUUCUUCGAAUGGUACUACAGCUGAUAAACCCGCGGAGGCAAAGCAAGACGAGACUCCCUUGGGCAACCCAAAGCCCCCUCCUUUGGGCUUGGAUGAGGCUGUCUCGGGAAGCCCGAAGCCCCCCGCCUUUGGGUUUGGUGCUAUCACUACAUCUGAUAAAUCCAUGGAGGCAAAGCAGAAUACGUCUUCCUCAGGCAGCCCGAAACCUUCACCCUUUGAUUCUGGGGUCUUUUCACAAUCGUCAACUGCGUUUGGUGCGUCGGUCAAUAUGUCUUCCUCAAACGGUACAUUUUCUCAGUCUUUUUCGGGUAUUCCGCAACCCCUCUCUUCUGGUUCUGGAGGCGCCUUUUCACAAUCGUCGACUACGCAAGCCAGUACGUCUUCCUCGAGUGGUACAUCAGCUGCAACUGAUAAUGCAUCGGGCAACCCACAACCCCCUUCCCUCACUUCUCGUGUUUCAUUCCCACAACCUUCAACUACAUUUAGUGCGUCAGCCAAUGCGUCUCCUUCAAAUGGGCUCUUCGCUACAGUGACCGAUUUUGUCGAAGAAAAACAAACCACUAAUGCUCCCCCAAUCACUCCCGCUUCUUCCGCAAAGUCUGGGAAUGCGUCCUCCGUUACAGUCACCAACCCCGUCGAGGCUAAACAAGCCAAUGAGGGUUCCUCCAGCAGCUCGCAUGGCUUCUUUGCUGCUACUGCUAGAAAGGCCUCUGAGAAAAUUCACGACCCUAAUUUCGUUUCUUCCGCUCCUCGCAUCCGUGGUUUCUCGCCCAGUCUCACGGAAAAGUAUCCACCACCCCCCGAUGGCAAAGAUAUCCAUAUCCCGGCAUAUCCUUUCCCUGACUUUAUUGAAGACCUUGAAAUGACCAAUGAGGAGCGGGAUAAGUUUAAGUUGCAAUGGGCGGUUCGGUCUCUCAAUGGCAGCUUCAGACAACACCUGAUAUCCCUCUCACCUGAUGAUCACUACUUCGACAAUGCUAUCAUGAUGUACACAAAGGUACGUAUGAGCAUGGGCGCCCCACUCAGAUGGCGUGGAGAUCAAAGCUUGUUUGAGGGUAAAGGCAAAACUGCGCGACUUCAGACUGAGCCCACUGAAGCUCGGCACAAGGCUGCUGAAGCUGAGACUCAAGAAACGAGAGGGACAGGAAAACGUAAAGCCACAGAAAUUGACCGCGAUAAUGACGAAGAAGAAUCUGCACGACGCGAUGCCGAAAAGCAGCGACCAAAGCGCCCCAAAGUGCGAGGGUAUUCUGCAGAUUUCUCCGACUCCGACUCCGAUGAAGAGGAGUGCGCACAACGCGAUGAAGAACAACGGUUGAAGCGCGCCGCCGAUGUUGAAGAAAAAAAACGGUUGCAGCACGCUGCCGAAGAAGAGCAUCGAUCGUACCACACUGCCCUUAGUGAAGAGAAGCUAUCUAAUAUGGCUGCCGAAAAACGGUAUAAUGAACAAAAGGAAGAAGAGCAGCACGUUUCCGAUGCCAGGGAUGAGGAAGAAAGGACGAGCUUGGAACAUGCCAGGGAGAAAAAACAGCUGGAAGAUGACAAGCGCCGUUCGGAAGCCGAAGCGGAAACCAACUUUAAUCUUGACGAAAACCUUCUGAAGUCCCAGGAGAACACCAAACGCAAGUCUGCAAAAUUCGACCAUGAUAAUGAUGGUGAUGCGGAGAGCGUACGACGAGAUGCUGAAGGGCAACGUCUGAAGAGAGUCAAAACGAGCCCGCCGCAAGUCUCUAAGCCAGUCGACCCGGCACCGACACCCGUCAGUCAAGAGGGAGUCAAAGACCCGGCACCCACAUCAUCCGUUAGCCAAGAGACAACCAAUGAUGAGGAGCAGGCUUCUGGCUCGGUAUUUGACUUGUCUCGUGCAACAGCCGGCGAAGAGGAGGAAGAGGUUGUGUUUGAAUGCCGUGGCCGAGCAUUCAAAGUGUCUCAAGGUUGGGUUUCUCAGGGCACCGGCAUCGUUCGAGUGCUGAAGCAUCCCAGUGGACGUUCUCGCCUUCUUCUCCGCGCUGAACCUAGCGGUAAUGUUAUCCUCAACGCACUGCUGAACAAGGAGCUCAAAUACCCACGCACUAAAAACCAUGUGCAACUCCCAGUGUUGCGACCUGACGGAGGAGCGGAACAAUGGGCCAUCCGGGUCAAAGCCGAGGUGGUUGAGGAAUUUCACUCGAAAUUGUUGGAGGUGAUUCAACGGUGA